AUGGUCAAGGACACAGCAUACUAUGACGCGCUAGAAGUGCCGCCCACUGCCACCGACGUCGAGAUCAAGAAGGCAUACCGCAAACUCGCCAUCCGCCUGCAUCCCGACAAGAACCCCGGCGACGAGACGGCCAGCGCAAAGUUCCAGGAGAUCGGCGAGGCUUAUCAGGUACUCAGCGACGAGAAACUCCGCAAGCAAUAUGACGACUACGGCAAGGAGGGCGCAAUGCCCAACACGGGCUUCGAGGACCCCUCGGAGAUGUUCAACGAGAUUUUCGGUGGUCAUGCCUUUGCAGACUGGAUCGGUGAGAUCUCCAUGGUCCGCGACAUGGAAAAAUCUAUGGAAAUCACCAUGCGGCACGAGGAGGAAAACGCCGCUCUCCAAGCAGAGGCCGAAGCCGCUGCCGCCAACAUCGAGGAAAAGAAAGCAAGCAUGGACAAGACCGUUCACGAAUCCGCCGCUCAAUCCCACGCCGGUGCUGCCGCCGAUCUGAAAGAUGGCGUGGAAAAGAUGAAUCUCUCCGAGGAAGAUUCCACACCACCACCACCCUCUUACCCCCAAGAUAGACCGAAGGGAGUCCCUACACGUCUGGCUCUCACCGAACGUGCCGAAGAAGAGGCCCGUAUGGAGGCUGCCGGCGUCACCGAAGCAGAGAAGACCCUGCGUGCAAAAGAGAAGAAGAAGGGCGGCUUGACCAAGGAGCAAAAGGAGGAACUCGCUGCUUUUGAAGCCGAGCGAGAUCGCGCCCGUGAGGAGCGCAUCGAGGACUUGUCCAAGAAGCUCAUCAACCGCGUCAGCGUAUGGACUGAGACCGACAAGGGCAAGGACGUUACCACCUCAUUCCGCAAGAAGAUGGAGCAAGAAGUCGAGAACCUCAAGAUGGAGUCAUUCGGUCUGGAAAUCCUACACGCCAUCGGUCAGACCUACACACAAAAAGCCGCCACUUUCAUCAAGAGCCAAAAACCCAUCAUCGGUGGUGUCACCGGCUUCUUCUCACGUCUGAAGGACAAGGGUUCGCUUGUCAAGGAGACUUGGGGUACAGUCAGCACCGCUAUCAGCGCACAGAUGGAAAUCGAAGAGAUGGCUCGCGCAGAGGAACGCGGAGGCGACGACUGGACCGACGAGAAGAAGGCCGACUUUGAGCGUCGCGUGACAGGCAAGAUCCUAGCGGCCGCAUGGCGAGGCUCCAAGUUUGAGAUUCAAAGUGUGCUCCGCGACGUCUGCGACAAGGUGCUUUACGAUAAAACCGUCAAGGUCGACAAGCGAAUCGAGCGAGCCCACGCGCUGCUCGUCAUCGGAGACGUAUUCAUCAAGGCCGCACGCAGCGCAGACGAGGAGGGCGACCAUCUUGCCUUUGAGCAGCUCAUGGCCGAGGCUGCCCAGAAGAAAGAGAAGAAGAAGAAGGACAAGGAGCCUAAGGAGCCCAAG